CCCAAAUUUCCCAAUCCACGUUCCCUAUUUCCUUGAAACCGCUUCACAUAUCGUUGUUGACGAGCAGGAGGAGGAACCACCAGCUUCACCGCGUCCCCAGUUCCUCCACAACUUCGUCGAGUCUUCAUCGCUUCAAAGCCUCCUCAGGUCCUCAUCGCUACCCUCGGAUCUCUUCCUUCAUCGAUGUCCUCGAGCUCCAUCUUUGUUCGUCGUUCCAGCUCGCUUUCUACUCGCCAAAAAUCUCCAUUUGCACUGGGUUUUCUUCCUCAGGUAAUACUUAGAAACAAAGUGACUUUCAGGGAAGGGGAUCUUGAUUUCUCUACGGCUCUGGACUUGAUUCAAUACCGAUCUUGGAUUUGGCUUAAGGCAAAGGUUAAAGGUCCUUUCUUCUCGCUGUUGAAUGGAUUUCUGCAAAGGCAGUUGCAUGUUGCAUGGAAAUUGAUAAUAUCACGUAUAGAAGGAGAACCGUACUUCUUUACAUUUGGAAAAUCAGAGGUUUUUGGUGCUCUUAUCAUUGAAAAGCUUCUUUCUGUUCCUACCAUGCCCAUGUACCAGUGUAAGUUACUAUUUACUCAAAUUUUGUGAGAAUAACAUGAAAUUUCUGUUUGAGUCAAAGUCACUAUUUACUCAAAUUUUGCUCUUAUUCUACUAAUACCAUUUUUUAUUUCCAGAGUAUAGAACAUUUGAGCCAAAGUCUAUGAGGUCUCAUCACCAAUUUCUAUAUGUUUUCUUUUGAUUAUAUCGAUGUUGAUUGUCACCUCUUCAUCAUCCUCUCAUCCUCUCAAGCAUUCAAAUUAAUUGUUGGAGGUAAAGAUGGCUAGGUGGUGAAGCUUUCAGAAGAAUACAUGCUUUGGGCUCAAAAAAUUCUGUUUCAAUUCAAUGACACCCUCUGUGAGUCCAAUUAAAGUCUCCUGUAGAAACAACGUCUUUUUACUUUUAUGAACCUUCUGCAUUUCAGUUUUUCUUUUGAUCUACUCCAUGUCAGAAUCAUAUGUAACAAUUACAAGUAGUCUUGUUUACAAUAAAAAUUCAUCUUUGAUUGUUUUACCAAAUUCAUUACAUAACGGAACGUAGUCUGCAACCUUUUCUUUGAUGUUCA